AUGAACAAGUGUAUCAAAUUUCUUGGUGCUUUGAACAUAAUCGCUUUGGCAAAUCAGAUUGUUGGAAAUAAUCUAAUUAAUACCGAAGGUUCGAACAGCGCAAUUAGUUUUGAACAAUUGUUCAAAUGGAAAUCCUUUGCGUAUGGCUUUCAGGAGGCGAGGGCCGUGAAUAAACCGAUAUUUCUACUGAUCUAUAAAGCACAAUGUCCCUCUUGCCAAAAAUUAAAACAGAAGUUCUUCAAGUCUGUGCGACUGAUGGAUCUUAGCGAUCGGUUUGUGAUGAUAAAAGCGGAGAUGGGACGCGACGCAGACAUAGAGGAAAAGAAAUUCCAACCAGAUGGAAAGUAUGUUCCUAGAAUAUUGUUCUUCAGAUCUAACGGCGACUUCAUCGAGGAAGCUUGCAACAUGCAUGUAGACGCAGACAAGGAACACAAAUACUUUUACAAGAGUCCGUCGGAGAUUAUAAAUACUAUGCUGUUUGUUCUGAAAAAUUAUUCUAAGGAACCUCUGUCAGUAAUAUUUCAAUACGAGCAAUCGUCAUAUCCGGAGUAUUGUGACAUGGAAGAUGAUAUUCUUGUGCCGACUUUAUUACAUUGA